AUGCACACUUACUCCGCUGCUGCAUUCUCCUUCCAACAUCUUCUCCCACCUCAUUGGGAAGUGUGGGGAUGUGCCAACUGCAGGGUUGUGUUCUCCAGCCCUUCUGGAACCUUUACAUCUCCAUGCUACCCCAAUGACUACCCUAACAGCCAGGCUUGCAUGUGGACCCUCCGAGCUCCCACCGGCUACAUCAUUCAGAUAACGUUUAAUGACUUCGAUAUUGAAGAAGCUCCCAAUUGCAUUUAUGACUCAUUGUCCCUUGAUAAUGGAGAGAGCCAGACUAAAUUUUGUGGAGCAACUGCCAAAGGACUAUCAUUUAACUCAAGUGCGAAUGAGAUGCAUGUGUCCUUUUCAAGUGACUUUAGCAUCCAGAAGAAAGGUUUCAAUGCCAGCUACAUUAGAGUUGCUGUGUCCUUAAGGAAUCAAAAGGUCAUUUUACCCCAAACACCUGAUGCUUACCAGGUGUCUGUGGCCAAAAGUGUCUCCAUUCCAGAGCUCAGUGCCCUCACACUCUGCUUUGAAGCAGCCAAAACUGGUCAUGAAGACAACGACUGGACAGCUUUCUCUUACUCAAAUGCAUCCUUCACACAAUUGCUUAGUUUUGGAAAGGCUAAAAAUGACUACUUCCUGUCUAUUUCUGGCUCAAAAUGCUUUCUGAACAGUGCUUUACCUGUGAAGGACAAAGAAGACAUUUUCACAGAAAGUUUUGAGCAGCUCUGCAUUGUUUGGAAUAAUACUUUGGGCUCUGUUGGUAUAAGUUUCAAAAGAAACUAUGAAACAGUUCCGUGUGAUUCUACCAUCAGUUCAACUAUUCCUGGGAAUGGGAAAUUGUUUUUGGGGUCCAAUAAAAACGAAAUUGCCUCUCUAAAAGGGGACAUUUAUAACUUUCGACUAUGGAAUUUUACUAUGAAUCCAAAACUCCUCUCCAAUCUCAGCUGCAAUGUGAAAGGGAAUGUGGUUGAUUGGCAAAAUGACUUUUGGAAUAUCCCAACCCUGGCCUUGAAAGCUGAAAGCAACCUGAGCUGUGGUUCCUACCUGAUCCCGCACCCGGCAGCAGAAGUAGCCAACUGUGCAGAACUGGGGACUCUCUGUCAAGCUACUGUAAGCUCUCCUAGUACUACACCACUCACUAACAUGCCUGUUACUAACAGAAUCCGUAGACAAAAGAAUGAUGGAAUUACAUAUAGAAUAUCUGUAGUGAUUCAAAACAUACUUCAUCACCCUGAAGUAAAAGUCCAGAGCAAGGUGGCAGAGUGGCUCAAUUCCACCUUCCAGAAUUGGAACUACACUGUUUAUGUGAUUAAUAUCAGUUUUCAUCUGAGUACAGGAGAGGACAAGAUUAAGGUCAAGAGAAGCAUUGUGGAUGAUGAAAGGUUGGUGAUUUGGGCCCUUCUAGUUUACAAUGCUAGCAACAAUGUCAACUUAGAGGGAAAAACCAUUCAGCAGAAGCUUUUAAAAAAUAAUGAGACCCUGGAUAAAGGCUUGAGGCUAUAUACAGUGAAUGUGAGGCAACUGGGUAUGUGUCCUGCUGAGGAAAAUCCCAAAGGCUUUCACUGGCCAGCCAUCCCACCUUCGGAAUACAGCCAUCCGUGUCCAGACAGGCCUGGCUUUUUUGUUUCACGAACAUGUUAUCUCAAUUCUUCUGAUAGUUCAUCAACUUGGGGGCAUCUAGAUAUCUCCAACUGUUCAAGGGAAGCAAAUGAAGUUGCCAAUGAUAUUUUAACUUUUUCUUCUGAUAAAGACAACUUUGACUCAGCUAAUAUUAGCCUUAUUGUAGAACAGGUCAAAAGAAUUGUGAAUAAAGAAGAAAAUAUUGAUAUAGAACUUGGCUCAACUCUAAUGAAUAUAUUUUCUAACAUCUUAAGCAGUUCAGAUAGUGACUUGCUUGAGUCUUCUUCUGAAGCUUUAAAAACAAUUGAUGAAUUGGCCUUCAAGAUAGACCUAAAUAGCACAACGCAUGUGAAUAUUGCAACUCAGAAUUUGGCUCUUGGAGUAUCAUCCCUGAUCCCAGGGACAAAUGCAAUUUCAAAUUUUAGCAUUGGUCUUCCCAGCAAUAAUGAAUCAUAUUUCCAGAUGGAUUUUGAGAGUGAACAAGUGGAUUCAUUGGCUUCUGUAAUUUUGCCUCCAAAUUUACUCGAGAAUUUAAGCCAAGAAGAUGCUUUAUUAGUGAAAAGAGCGCAGUUUACUUUCUUCAACAAAACUGGACUUUUUCAGGAUGUAGGACUCCAAAGAAAAACCUUAGUGAGUUAUGUGAUGGCAUGCAGUAUUGGAAACAUUACUAUCCAGGAUCUGAAGGAUCCUGUUCAAAUUAAAAUCAAACACACAAGAACUCAGGAAGUGCAUCAUCCCAUCUGUGCCUUCUGGGAUCUGAACAAAAACAAAAGUUUCGGAGGAUGGAACACAUCAGGAUGUGUUGCACACAGAGAUUCAGACGCGAGCGAGACAAUCUGCCUUUGUAACCACUUCACACACUUUGGAGUCUUGAUGGACCUUCCAAGAAGUGCUUCCCAGAUAGAUGCGAGAAACACAAAAGUCCUCACUUUCAUCACCUAUAUCGGCUGUGGAAUAUCUGCUAUUUUCUCAGCAGCAACUCUCCUCACAUAUGUUGCAUUUGAGAAAUUGCGAAGGGAUUAUCCCUCCAAAAUCUUGAUGAACCUGAGUUCAGCCCUGCUCCUCCUGAAUCUUGUCUUCCUCCUGGAUGGCUGGGUUACCUCCUUUGACAUGGACGGACUGUGCAUGGCUGUCGCCGCUCUGCUGCACUUCUUCCUCUUGGCAACCUUCACCUGGAUGGGACUGGAAGCAAUCCACAUGUACAUUGCUCUAGUGAAAGUAUUUAAUACUUACAUCCACCGGUAUAUCCUCAAAUUUUGCAUCAUUGGCUGGGGUUUGCCUGCCUUGUUGGUGUCAGUUGUUCUAGUAAGCAGAAAACAAAAUGAAGUUUAUGGAAAAGAAAGUUACGGAAAAGAACAAGGUGACGAAUUCUGUUGGAUCCAGGAUCCAGUAGUAUUUUAUGUUACCUGUGCUGGGUAUUUCGGAGUCAUGUUUUUCCUGAAUGUUGCCAUGUUCAUUGUGGUAAUGGUGCAGAUCUGCGGAAGGAAUGGCAAGAGAAGCAACCGGACCCUGAGAGAAGAGGUUUUAAGGAACCUGCGCAGUGUGGUUAGCCUGACUUUCCUGCUGGGCAUGACAUGGGGUUUUGCUUUCUUUGCCUGGGGACCCUUAAAUAUCCCUUUCAUGUACCUCUUCUCCAUCUUCAAUUCAUUACAAGGCUUAUUUAUAUUUAUCUUCCACUGUGCAAUGAAAGAGAAUGUUCAGAAACAGUGGAGGCGACACCUGUGUUGUGGCAGAUUUCGGUUGGCAGACAACUCAGAUUGGAGUAAGACAGCUACCAAUAUCAUCAAGAAAAGUUCUGAUAAUAUAGGAAAAUCUUUGUCUUCAAGUUCCAUUGGUUCCAACUCAACCUAUCUCACAUCCAAAUCUAAAUCCAGCUCUACCACCUAUUUCAAGAGGAAUAGCCACACAGACAGUGCUUCCUUGGACAAGCCCUUGUCAAAACUGACCCAUGCUGAUGGAGAACAAACAUCAAUCAUCCCUGUCCAUCAGGUCAUUGAUAAGGUCAAGGGUUAUUGCAAUGCUCAUUCAGAUAACUUCUAUAAAAAUAUUAUCCUGUCAGACACCUUCAGCCACAGCACAAAGUUUUGA